UAGUUCUUAUUAUUUUUGCUAUCUUCUUACGCAUGCAUAGCUAUUUUGUUUUAUUUUUCUUUUGCUUUCUUUCUUUAUUUCUUUCUCCUUCGUUUUCCUUCUCGCACUUCUGGAUCUACUACCACUCAUAGAAUUUUCUGUUCCAGAAUAUCGAGAAUCUAUCCUCGGAUUCGGUUAAUUUCUGAACUUAUCACUUUCAGUUUUUUGGAUUUUUAUUUUCAUGUUUGAAAUAUUGAUUGUGUAGAUUUUGUUGUUCAAUUAGUUCAUUCUUUUUUCAAUUACUGAGAUGAUUAUAUGGCUUUAAGUCCAAAACAUGAGCAAUAUAAUAAAGUCUGUGAGUAAAGUAUAAAAUAUUUUUUAUUGUAAUGCUUUAGCUUGGAGUGUUCUAUUUUACACACUAUGAAUUCUACAUGCGUCAUAGAUAAGCUUAUUCUUCAAUCCUAUGCAAAGCAAGAGCUAAUAGAAUAGCAAUAAUGUCUGUGAAUAUUUUACUUAGGAAUUAGAACAUAUAGAUGGCAUAUGCAACUAUAUUUUACUUAAGAUGAAAAUAUAUUUAUUAACUUGAUGACUUUUUUCUUUAGGAAUUAUUUGAGAUCCCACGUGGCCAAGGUCGUGGUGGUGAAGACAUUAUUAGAUUAGAAGUUAGUAUUCCUUUUCUAAUUCAAAUACAGCAUGAAGGUGUAUACUUUUAUUAUGCAAGUGGAUGUAAAUUUUCAGGUAGCCACCAAUUCAUUCUCUGUUCAUGUGAUGGAAAAAUUAUUAGCUGUUGGUAACUCAGAAAGUUUAUCUGUGUCAUUACUUCAGAAGAUUCAUGGAAACCUCAUAAAGGAGGCCCAUGACAAGUCAAGAUCUGUGACCAAGGCUCCUGCCAUGAAGGGGAUCUACACAACAGAAGAUAGAAGAGGAAUUGGGGGUUAAGAUAAUAAUACCUACUUCAAAAGAAGAUGAUUUUGUUAGAAGUGCAAGGGUGGGACGAAUUGUUAUGAGUGCAGCAGCAGAGCAUCUGACACCUGUGAGUUUGGAGUUAGGAGGAAAGUGUCCAGCAUUGCUUGAUUCUCUUGCAACAACUUGGGAUAAAGAGUGUGAUAGUGAUCCUUCUACUUGGAGCGACAUCAAUGAUCAUGUUCAUUUUCAAUUUCAUAUAGGACAGUGGUAUGCUUCACUUGGGAUGUAUGGUGUGGCUGUCAAGCAUAUGAUGAAAAUCUUGGCCUGCAGUCACCAGUCCAAGGUAACACAGGAAUUAUUCCUUAGUGACUUUCUUCAAACUGUGAAGGUGAUGCAGAAUCCUAACUUCAUGACCAUGGCUGAGCGCCUGGGUAAUGCAUUGAUGCAGGAUCUAUCUAUGUCUUCCAUGCUUGAAAGUCUUACUAGUCCUUCAAAUAAAGAUCAGCUUGAGGAGAGAAUGGCACGCAUAAAAUAAGAUCCAGUGUUGAAACAUAUUUUAGAUGAGAUAGAGACUGGUGGUCCUGCUGCUAUGAUGAGGUUUAGAUGGCAAAAUUGGGAUGGUCAUCUUAUUUUUUUGGGGUAUAUUUUUAUUGAAACAGUAAGAUAUUGAAUAAUGGUGUUGAAAAAUAACAUCCAAUUUUAUAGGUAUCGGGUAAUGAAUAUUAUGUUUAUCUAUGAAUAUUAUGUUUAUGUGA